UGUAAUGGGGUCUGAACAUUCGGCAUUACGGCAACAUCAACAGCAGCAGCAGCAGCAACAGGCGGCAGCGUCGCAAGGCGCCGGUACACUGGAUGGUGGUGCACUGCGCACCGGAAGUCUCCACCGGCACCCACCGAACCCGGGACAGUACCCAGCCGGUACGACAAGCUGCCGGUCGGGGCCGAUGGCCGGCACGGCCGCGGGGAAGCUGCAGCGCGGCAACACGAUUGCCGAGAGCGGGGUCGGCUUCGGAGUGCCGCACGAAACCGACUGCAGCUACGGCCUACCGUCCGCGGUGCCCUCUUCCGCCUACAUCUGCGAUUCGCGCCCCGUUUCACCGCCGAUGAGCGUCUGUUCCGACUCGGAUCUGCCAUACAUAUCGUACACGGACAAACCGAUCGGCGAUUCCCCCAAGCUACGCAACAAGCAGCAGGGGAAACAGGUAAAGACACCGCGACCGAACAGUGCCAUCGUGAUGAACCGGUCCGGCGCCGUGUCCCAGUCGUCCGCGCCGGAGCACGCCGACGGAGCGGAGCGCGGUAGGGUCCGGCUUGCCAGCAGUGGCAGGGCCGGGACCCACAGCAUCGUCGUCGUAAAGUCGGCCACCGUGCGCGAUGUCAGCAUCGAAAAGGACGACGAUAUCGUGCGGCUACAGAGUGUGCCGAUGUUUCUGCCGGUCAUGCGCGGCACCCUGACGCUACCGGCCAACCGGGAUCCGGAGGUGCUGGAGCGCCUCCAGCCGGCCCAUCUCAUCAACAUGUGCAGCCGGCUGCAGUCGCACUUCAACACCUGUGCCCUGCAGGUGUCGUCCAGGCAGCAGCAGAUCACCAACAAGAUCAAGGAGGUUGACCAGGAGGUCUCGAGCGCGCUGGCGCAGCUAGUACAAAAGCAGAAGCUGUACACGUCGUACGCGGAAACGUUUUCGAAGGUGCGCCAGGUGUCGCAGCAGCUGACCCGGUGCAACGACAUCCUGAACCAGAACAUCGAGAACAUGGAGUAUCUGAACAAUCUGCUCGCCGUCGACGACCGCCUGGAGCCGUUCAUGUGGAAGACUGAGUGAGACGAGCGGCGAUACCGCCCCUUGAGAGUGGCUUUCGCCCCAUCGGACAGUAACACGCGCCUCUCCGAAGUCCUGGCCAGCCUUUCGGGUAGGGUUCGUUCUUUAAUGCUCGUGGCACGAUGCUCUCGCCAGCGCGCAAUUACAGUGCGUAUCGCCUCGCGCUGCGUAUCGUUUUACUCUAGCGAACCCUAACACGGUGAUAAUAAAGACACGCGCCCCCCG